AUGAACAGUCCUUUUCGUGGAUUAAGGCGUUCAGGAAAUCAAUCUUAUCCUUAUCCUAGAAUUCAUACACCUGUAAUGGUUUUUCGCAAUAAUGUUCGAUCAGUUGUAAUUGAAAAUAGUCCUGAGUCAUCUCCAAAAUCUUUAUCUAGAAUUAGUGUUAUGUCGCCACAAGAUAUUAAAAAAAAUUAUGUUCCUAAACGGAGACCUCCAUUAAAUUGGGCUAUACCUACAAUACCAGAAUCACUUAGUGAUGAAUCAUUAAAAAGUAUACUUUCACAAGGAAAUGAUGAAAUGGGAAAUUUUAUCAUUGAUAAUGAUACUGAAAAAAAUAAUUUAUCAAAACAAGUUGGAAUUUUAAUGACUGAUAAAAAUGUUAUUAAUAAAGAAACAACUGAUGCAAUGACAAAUUGUGAAUUAAAUGAAUAUGACAAAAAGAAUAACAAUUUUGUUGAUAAAUUUAAAAUUAGAAAAUACUGGAAAAAGCAUCAAAAAAAUAAAUCUAUUGAGGAAAAGGAUGAUACAGAUAAUAGAUACACGCAAAUACCAAGAUUAAAAAUGAGAAAUAUUCUUAAAAUGAAUACCAAAGAAAAGGAUAAUUCGUAUAAUAAAAAUAUUGAAAUGAAUUUAAAUGAAAAAUCUACAUCUCAAAAAAAUUUUUCACCAAAAAUUAAUACUAAUUAUUCAAAUUCAAUUCUUGGAAAAAGUCCACUAAUUACUAUGGCUCAAAAAUUUCGUAUUAGAAAUAGAAAAUUUAAAGAUCCUAUACCAAAUUCAAGUACAAAUGUUAAUGGUAGUACUAGUAUGGAUUUCAUGAAAACAAUGUUUCCAACAAAUGUUAAUUUAUAUGCUGAAUCCUUAAAAAGAAGCCAGAGUUUAGAAGAUAAAACAGGACAAAUAAGUGAAUUUUAUUCAAAAAAUGUUCAACAAGAUAAUGAUACAUUAGAACCAGUUGAUGAAGAAUCUUUUGAAGAUAAUUAUCUUUGUAUUUAUACUUCUGUUGAUACAGAAGAACCUACAAAAAAUAAUUUUCAAAAUGAACAUGAUAAUAAUUUAUCAUUAAUAAAAGAAAAUUUAGCUUUAAAAAUUAAUACAUCAUCCACAAAUAUUAAUGAGAAUGGUCAAUUAGAAAAUACAUUAAUAAAAAAUAUUAAGAAUGAAAUUAAAUGUGAAAAGGUAGGCAUUACUACAGAAGAAAAAUUAAAUAAAUUAGAAAAUGACAUUCAAGCAACUAUAACUAAACAAACUAGUAAAUUAAGUUUUAAAUCAUUAUUUAAUAAUAAAAAAAUUAAAAAUGAAAAAAUCAAAAGUCCAAACAAAAAAAUAUCAAAUGAAAAUAAUUUAAUUUUUAAAGAAGAAAUUAGGAUACCAAGUUGUGCUGAAAUGGAAUCAAAAUUAUAUUUAGAAAAUCCUUUAAAUCGACCAUUAGUUGUACCUAAAAAAUUUGGAAAAUGUAAUAAUGAUUAUGAUGAAUCUCCUACAAAAGAUGAUAAACUUUUAAGUUGUGUUGAAACAUAUGCACCAUUAUAUUUUAAAAUUUCAAAAGUUAUUGGUCAAGAAAUUGGAAAUGAUGAUGAUUUAUGUCCAUUAAAAAUACCAAAAAAUAAUACUAAUUCAGAAAAAUUACCAUUAAUUUUAAAAGAAAAUUAUUGUAAACCAUUUAAAUUAGAUAAAAAUGAGUUACCAGAAAAUAUAGAAAAAUGUAAAGAAAUUGAUGAAUAUUUUAUAAAACAAUUAGACAAAACAUUACAAAAUCAAACUAUAGUAGAACAAAAUCUUAAAAAAAAGGAAGAAAUUUUAGAAAAAGCAAUAAAUUUAGUUGAGAAUAAUUUGACAACUUUUGAUCUUGAAGAUGAAACUAUUAAAGAAGCAAUAAAUUGUAUUUUGUCAAUGAAUAUUGAUAAAGAUAAUGAUAUUCAAUCAUUACUGGAUAAUAGUCCUUCUAAAGAGAGUAAUGUUAAAAAUGAUAGUAAUAAUGUAGUUAAUGAUCAUAUAUCAGUUCAAAAUGCAACUAAUACACCCCAAACAAAUGAAUUGAAUGAAGAAUUAACAAAUAAUAUAAAUAAUGAUUGUAAUAGUAUUUCUACUUCAAAUAACAUUAAUUCUAAAUUAACUAAUGAUGCAAUAUAUUUUGCUUCAAUCAACUCGUUAUCAAGUGGUACAAGUGAUAUUGUAAUUGAAACAUCCUCAGAUGAAUGUGAUAUUGAAAAAAAAUUUUCUCUUCCAACGUGUAAUACUUUACCUAUAUCAUUUAUGUAUGAUGUUGUAAAUAAUACAACUAAUUUAUGUGAUAGUAAUAUGGUAAUUGAAUCAAAAGUUAUUGAUAAUAUUUUACCACCAGAAUUUAUAAAAUCAACAUACAUUCCAAUGAUUGAAGAUUCAAUUGGUAGUAAUAGUGAUAUUAUAGAAGAUAAAAUAUGUAAAAGUGGUGAUGGUUUCAAAUUAGAUAUACAACUUUCAUCACAUAAUUUAAAUAAUAAUGAUAUACAAAAAACUAAAAAAGAAUCUGUUUGUAAUCCAAAAAAAUUAGUUCAUUUAUCACCAUAUGAAAGUGUUAUAACUAAAAAUGAUAAUGGAAAAAAUUAUUCAAAACCAUUUAAAUUAAAAAGUAAUACAUCAAGAAAAUCUGGUAAACAAUUUUUUUCAUUUUUUUUAAAAAACAAAAAGAAACAUGACAAUAUAAAAAAUAUAUCAUGUGAAGAUAAAGUUAGAAAAGCACCUUUAGCACAAUCAGAAUGUACAAGAAUUGCUAAUAGUCCAAUGAUAGAAACACCACCGAUAUCAUUAAUACAAAAAAAUUGUAAAACAAUUACAGAUGAUGUUAUUUCUGGUGUUCCAGCUGUUGUUAAUGAAGAAGAAUAUUUAACACCCAAAACUCCAAGAAGUAGAGGAAAUAUUGAUUCAUCAGCUGGAUUAAUUGAUGAUGAAUUGAAUGAUCAACCAAUGUUAAUAGGAAAUAGUUAUUCAAUGAAUAAUUUAGGAAGUCUUACAUCAUUUCAAAUUGAUAAUUUUGGAGGAGAAGAAGAGGAGUUUCAAAGUGAUUUAAUGAGUAAAAGUAUAAAUUGUAGCAUAUCAAAUACAAUAAGUAAUAAUGAAUUAUUUACAAUUAAUAAAAAAGGAAUGGCUAAAUCAAUAACGGAUGCUUUAAUUGCAAAUAAUUUAAAAGAUGAACCAGAAUCUAAUGAUACAAUAUCAAAUGAAAAAAUUCAAUUUCAUUCAAUUGUCAAAUCAUUCAACAUGACAGAUGAUGAAAAAAGUGACAAUAGUUAUAAUUCAACAAAAGAAAAUCAAGUAAUUAAUAAUACAACAGAAGAACAUAUAUUAAAAUGUACAGAAAAUGAAGAAACAAGAAUUGAUAUUAAAUUAGUUGAAUUUGAAAAUCAACCAAUUGAUUUUAGUUAUAAUACCUAUCAUAAAAAUUUAAAUUUUUUGAAUAAGUCAUAUGAAACAACAAAUUUAAAUUCUAUAAUAAAACAAUUAAAACAAGAAAAUAAAAUGUUACAAGAUGUUAUAGAAAUGAAAGAUGAAGAAAUAAAAUUAUUAAAAGAAAAGUUAUCUAUUUUUAUAAAUUUAUAA